AAGAAAAAUUAACCCUAAGGAGCAUUGGAGGGAGUAUUUUUAUAUAGGGAGUACAAUAAAUGUAAAGGGGGAGCGGGACCCGCGUAUAGGCAUAUUGUCUAAAUCCAAAUCACCAAGCAAAGAUCCAAACUGCAAAUCCCAUUUUCUCCCUUCUCUUCUUAAUUCCCAGUUUCUCUCCAAAGUCCAAACCGAAUCAUUCUCUCUCUCUCUCGCUCGAAUCUGUUCAUCGUCUUCAUCCCUAUUCACACGGGCUCGCCCGCCAUAGAUAUAUAAUAGAUGUUCGUGAAGAAGCUCGUGGAGAAGGCUUCUUUUAAUCAUCAUAAGAAGCCUGUAGGCAAAAGUGAUGGCAUAAAGCCUGAGGAUGUAAACCCCCAUUUGGUAUAUCAUUAUGGAGUUCCACAAGGAGCUCUUCUGUUGGCACAUGACUCCAUUCAGAACAUUCUUGCCAUAUCAACCAAAGAUGGAAGAAUCAAAGUGUUUGGGAAAGAUGGUGCCCAAGCUUUACUGGAAUCUCCUCACAUGUUACCAAGCAAAUUCUUGCAGUUUAUGGAAAACCAAGGCUUCCUCAUCAAGUUAAAUGCUGAUAACCAUAUCGAGGUAUGGGAUGUAGAACAGAAGAGCUUGUCAAUUGUUCAUGACUUAGAAAGGGAUAUCACAGCUCUUACAAUUAUUCAACAUACUCCAUAUAUUUAUGUGGGAGAUUCACUAGGUUGUGUUUGGGUUUUCAAGCUAGAAAAACAACCGUGCCAUGUAGAGAAAAUGAAAUAUCAUAUUCCCUUUUCAGCAUCUCAUGGGAAUUCAAAUGAUGCUGGGGAUAAUGCUGUAAUUGAAAUCCUUCCCCAACCCACAGCAGAAAGUAAAAGGGUACUUAUUAUUUAUCGAGAUGGUUUCAUUGUAUGGUGGGCACUUCAAGAAAGCAAAACCAUCUUCACAAUUGGAGGAACGUCACUGCAAUUUGCAAGUCAUGAGGUAAAAAAAGCGACAGCAGCUUGUUGGGCAUGUCCUAAUGGAACUAAAUUAGUUGUUGGGUACAGCAAUGGAGAUAUAUCUGUCUGGAGCAUUCCUGCUGCUUCAAAUUUUAAAAGUGAACAAGAUUUUAGCAAAGAGUCUCCCUUUUCUUUUCCAAGUGCGCCUGAUUGUAAACUCAAUAUUGGAUAUAAAUUAGACAAGAUCCCUAUAGCCAAGUUAAGGUGGACGUAUGCAGAUGGGAAAGCUAGUCGAUUGUAUGUUAUGGGUCUCUCUGAUAAUUUGACAGUGAAUUUGUCUCAAGUAGUUUUACUUAAUGAUCACUGGGAAUCACGCACAUCUAAGUUGGGACUUCAUCUUCCCGAGCCUUGUACUGAUAUGGAGCUUAUUUCAAGCUCUAAAGCACCAAGCAAGCAGAAAUACGAUACAUUCCUUUUGCUUGGGAAGUCAGGUGUUGUUUAUGCAUAUGAUGAUAGUUUAUUAGAAAGGUACCUAUUGCAAUGUGAGAACAGAUCCUUGCCUUCACUACCAAAGGAAAUAUUGGUGAAGUUGCCAUUUGUCGAUUCUAACAUCACAGUUGCAAAGAUCAUAACAGAUAACCCUUUCAUGUUAUGGUCGGGGAAUGAGGACUAUAAUUCCUUGGCAAAGGAUAUAUUUCCACUUUUUCCAUUUGAGGGGAGGCAAAAGGAUGGAGCUAUUUCUAACUCAGCCCGCUGUGUUGAGUUUUCAAAGGCUAAGAACUUGUACAUAACAGGGCAUAGGAAUGGAGCCAUAAGUUUUUGGGACGUCUCGUGCCCACUCUUGCAUCCAAUUGUAUUACUCACUCAGCAGAAUGAAGACAACUUUUCAUUGAGUGGGGUGCCCGUGACAGCAUUGUCUCUUGUAUUCGACUUGCAUAUCCUUAUAUCUGGUGAUCAAAGUGGAAUGAUUCGUAUUUAUAAAUUUAAGACUGAGGUCUUUGCCCCAGACAACAGUUUUUUGCCAUUCCAAGGUUUAAAGAAAGGAGGCAAUCAAAUCAUCCGUAGUCUUAAGCUUGUGAAGAUUAAUGGGGCUGUACUUUCUAUUACUGUGAGCGCAAAUUCAAAGAGUUUCUGUGUUGGGUCUGAUCAAGGAUAUGUGUCACAUUUUGAUUUUGAGAGUCUCAGUUUAUUGUAUGAGAAGCAAAUAGCAAGUGAGCUGUGUACCGGUAUCAUCUCUUCACAGUUUGACGUGUGCAGCCUCCACGGAUUUGAGAAGAAUGUUCUAGUGCUUGCAACAAGAGAUUCUUCUGUCUUGGCACUUGAUGGUGAGACGGGGAACGUAUUAAGUCAUGGCACGGUCCGUCCUAAGAAGCCAUCCAGAGCCUUGUUCAUGCAGAUUAUAGGGUCUUCUUCUAGCAUGUCAGACAGCAUGGACUCUAAUGCUUCAAGAGUACCACUGGUAUUGCUUUGUUCUGAGAAAGCUGUUUAUGUGUACUCCUUGGUCCAUGCAGUUCAGGGUAUCAAAAAAGUGCACUACAAAAAGAAAUUCCAUUCAUCUUCUUGUUGCUGGGCAUCUACUUUCGAUGUCCCUCAAUCCGGUCUUAUUCUUCUCUUUUCAAAUGGAAAAGUUGAAAUAAGAUCCCUUCCAGAGCUAUCCCUUUUGAAAGAAACAUCAAUAAGAGGGCUAAGACUUCCCACUCCAAAAGCAAACUCAAUUUCUGACACUUGUAUAUGCUCUUCGAACAGCGGGGAACUCAUACUGGUUGACAGGGAUCAAGAAAUGUUUUUCAUCUCAGUUUCAGUCUUGAAGGAUUCUUACAGGUUUCUUGAACAAGCAUCUCAAGUUUACCAUAGAGAUAUAUCAGUUGAACAGGGGCCUGUUUCAGCACCAAUCAUCCCUAAGGAAAAGAAAAAGGGUAUAUUUGGAUCUGUCAUCAAAGGAAAUAAAGCAAAGAAUCUGUCUGAGCAAGCAGCUGAAGAUCCACAAGAAAGUAUUGAAGAAUUCUCGGUAACCUUUUCGCUCUCCAAUUUUCCAUUAGACACGGAGAAUGAAGAAAAGUUAAGCAUGAACGAAGAGGACGAUAACUUGGGUAUAGACGACAUUGACAUUGAAGAUCCAGUAGUGAAACCUAAGGGAAAUCCCAUGGUUGCAGCACUGAACAAACAGAACCUUGCAAAUUCAUUUGAGGCAUUCAGAGGGAAAUUUAAGCACAUGAAGGUAAAAAAUGAUAGGGUUCAAGUAACUGAAGCACCACCACCACCUCAAGAUGAUAAGGCUGAUACUGUUGAUCAAAUAAAGAAAAAAUAUGGAUACACUUCUGAACAUAGUGUUGCAGAAACAGCAAAAUCUAAGCUCGGUGAAAAUUUGAGAAAAUUGCAGGGCAUCAGCCUUAGAACAACUGAGAUGCAGGAGACUGCAAGAUCAUUUUCUACAAUGGCUAAGGAGGUGCUGAGAUAUGCUGGGAAUGAUAAGGGAAGUUCAUAUGAUCACUAAUUACUUAGUUAACACACUAUCAACUCUAGUGGUUUAAGUUAUUCUUCUAUUCUUUGUUUCCCAUGGCUUGAAUGGUGUCUUUUGUGUUCUGUUUUGCACUGAGUGGAUAUUGUCGCUCCCAAAAUUACCCUUGUCACUAGUAAUUUUUGGAGGACAAUAUCGAUUGCCUGUUUUGCAAAACAAGUGUUGUUUGUGUGCAGCAUGUUUCUUUCAUUAGAUUUUAUUUUACGGGCAGCACCGUACAUAUUAAUAAUAUGUGUAUGUAAAU